AUGUUUCGCGUACUAUUCGUAAUUAUCGUUGCGAUUGCAGCUACGUUGCCGGUAAUUUACGCAGGUCAGUAUAAUUUAUUUAUCUAGUUUAACACGCAUUUAUAAUAGUAGUGGAAAAAAUUCGGAUUUGUCGAAGUUCUACAUUCCAGAUUUCAGGAAUCCGAAAGAAAACUUCAACUAAAAUAUAAAUAUGUAUAUACACAAUAGAAAAUCUAAAAGUCAAGUUUUGAAUUCUAUACAUUUUAAUUAUCGAAUUUUGGAAUCCAAAAUCUGGAUUUUGUUGUCUGAAAUUGGGAAUUCGAAUUUUCAAAAUUUUUGCUUAUCCUUAUUCAUGUCACAUUAUCACAUUAUGACCUUAUUUAGGCAAAAUAAACUCACCUAGAAUACGUACGUUGCUUUACGUCAUACAGCGAGUUUAAAGCUAGAAGAGAUUCGAAGAAAAACAGACAUAUUUGUUUAUUUAACUACCCGGAAAGUCUACUUCCUAAUAUUAAAAUAUAAACAAACACAUAAUAAACGCAUUCGAAGGAACGUUUUUGUUUUUAUAUCUCAAACGAAGAAUCAAAUUACAAAACGAAUGAUGAUGAAAAUUUUUGCUAUGAGUCAAAAAAAAAAAAGGACGGACAUACUUCUCACGUGGGUAUUUAAUAUAUGUAUAUCUGUAAGCAACGAUAAACCAUUGCUAAGGCGAUUCAUGGAAAACCGGCAACCAAAUAAGUCCACGUACGCGGCUGAGAGACCACGCAGAUAGAUUGCGGGACGGGGUUGGUGACAACGAUUUUCGACGCGAUCCCGGAAUUCGAAUCAACAAGGCGAUUACAACGAACGUCGACUAAAAGACCGAAAUAGUGGAAGAAGUCCGCGCCGACAAUACUACUCGAAACGUUGGCAAUCUCGAAGGUCCAGUUAAACAGCCUUGAAAAUUCUAAAGCGAGUUGGAAAAGCCUUCGGCCGUAAGUGCGAAUAUGGGUGCCAUUAGCGACAGUAAGGAUCACGUUCGAAAAAGGUAUCCCGCGGAUGGCGGGAUAACCGAAAUUUCGGUCGCAGAGUCGAUCAGGAACCGCCGACCAAAGCGCGUGCUCGACACGAAAACGCGGUGACUUUUUGAUGGGCGACGGUGGAUAGGUUAGCCUCAGCCGCUCGCGCUAGUUUCCCUACAUAUAAACCGUCUGCAUUUGCUAGCUGACGCACAGAAACAGCCGUGAUAGAAACAAAAACUAUUAUUGUUGCGUGGACGAGAUCUCGAGCGACCGCAUUUGCGUCCAAAAGAUCGGUUCACGGAAUUUACCGUGGUCAAACUGGCGAUCUACGUCGUGAGCGCUGAAAUGUCUCGUUCUUAACCGCGUGUAAUCGGUCGGAUGACGAACUUCAUGCGGUGACAGAAUGUGUGUCGUUGAGGGAGCUCGCUUCCAUGACGUGGUCGGGUCGCUCCGCCAGCAUUUUGAGUGGGCCUUCUUGCCCGGAUAUAAUCGCACUGGUCGUCGAUGGAAACUUUUGGAGCCAGAAUUGUCUGAUAGGUUAGGUUUUCUUAAUCAAUGGAAAAACCGGAAAAAAACAUGGGAAAACCGGGAAAAACAUAGAAAAACGGGAAAAUAGGUACGAUAUUAAACAAAUAUUAUUAAAAAAAAUAUAUAAUGCAUAUGUAAUUAUUUUACUAUAAUAUGACAUAUAUUAUAUUGUUGACAAAGCAACAAUAUCAACCAAAGUGUGCUAAAAAUUGUAUAUCGAAAUGGUUUAUCGUUGCUUGCAGCUAUACAUUAAAUUACUUAUAACAGUGGCUGUACCCUUUUUCAUUAUCCUAGGACAACUGUUUUAGAUUCCGAGCGUAGCGAGGGGGCUAUUGGUUUUAUUUAGAUGUUUAUUAUUACUUUUCUUUAUAAUUUGGUCUAGUCUGCGGACACGUUUUUUUCUAGUAAACUUGCUCCUAUUUUUACGUGUUUUUUUCAAGAAUAAAACACGUUACACCUUUUCUGAAAGCUCAAGUUAUCUAGAGAUAUUUUGAUUUACGACGCUAUUUUUCAAAUAAAAGCACUUAAGUGGGAAAAACGUAGAAAACGUACAAUUUCACGAUUUUCACUAUUUUAUAAAAACACGGACGACGUUUUCUACCAGAAAAAAUGAUUUAAUCGAAAAAUUACAAAACAUCUUUUUUGUUUUCUUUUUGAUUUAAUUUUUUACGGUAUCAUUGCCAAAACUUUUGAGACACUAUUGAGCUUUUAAGGAAUUUUAAUUUUUGGGAGUUUUUUUCUGUCAUUUGGUUAUAAAUAAACGCAGAGACCUGAAACUUGGUAAUAAUACUUAUAUUAGACUUACUUUAAACAUGGUCAAAUUUCCAAAUUCAUCGGACAACUUUUUUUCUUUUUUUAAAUUUUUUCACAGUGGUACAUUAUUUUUUUAUAUUAUAGACCUCUUUUAUCCUAGAAAACUUGCUGCGAUGUAUUAGUAUAGCACCUUUUCUGAAAUUAAAUUUUAUAUACUUGGUAAAUACAUAAAUCAUUUAUAGAUUUUCGCUACGGUAUUUAAAAUAAAAACGAUUAACCGAGAAAAAAAAUAAUUUGAUUUCGUUAUUUUAAAUAAGUACCUUCCAGGUUUUCUAGCACAAAUAUGACUCCAAUUGAAAAUUGACAAAAGACCUUUUUUGUUGAAUUAUUAAUUUUAUUUUUAAUGGCGCAGUUUGUUUUUUUUUUUGAUUUUUAAAUUAGUUUUCAUAAUAAUUGGAAAAAAACGUAGAAAAAAUAUACAAUUUCAUGAUAUCAUUAUUUUAUAUUAAUAUGGAAAACGUUUAUUAUUAGAAAAAGUGCUUUAAUCGAAAAAUAACAAGAAACCUUUUUUGAUUCAUUGCACAUCUUGUUUCUCAUGGCGUAAGUUGUUUUUUGAUUACAUAAUGAUUCGAAAAGAUCAGAAGAAGACGAAGUUGUUGUAAUUCAGUUAAAAAUAUUUGUAGUGAAUUAAAAAAUGGACAGAAUGUUCAUAUUUCAUUGUUUAAAUUGCACCAGUGUAUUCUGCAUAUCAAAAAAUUAACAAAAUGUUGAUAAUUUCAGCGAUAAUUGCCGGCAAUUAAUAAUCAGGGAAAUUUUUUGUCAGCUUAAUGAUUAUACUGUUGUUGAUAAAAAUGAUAACAGUACUUAUUUAAAUAGUAAAGUUGUGUUUCGGCAAUUAAGUAAAAAAUUACGGCACUUCAAAUUUUGUAUUACCGAAUUGCCCUCGGAAUCAUCUUUCGUCAGCAAUGGUUUAUCGUUGUUUAUAGAUAUACAUUAAAUAAUUUUAUGUAUUUUAUCUUCCCAACUUCUCACCUACAACAGUGGUCGCUUCCAUCACCAGUGUCAGCUAUUUUUUUAUAGAGUCGUUCUCUUGUUAUUAAAUGGGACAAGGCGUAUAAUACAGAGUAGAGUGGGUUAGACGAAGAUUUCUAAGUCCACAAUAUAUAUUAAUUGAAUUGAAUUACCUAGUAAAUUUAAAUAAUUCAACCAAAUAUUAUAUGAUAUUACUUUAUGUAUUUGUAAUUAUUAUUAAAAAGAAACGUAAAUUAAUAAAUAUUAAAGAAUCCCCCCCCCCUUAAUCAGGACCUACAAAAUCUUCUUUAUUUUGGUUAAAGUGAUAGCUAAUUGAUCAAUGAUAUAAUAUCAUAAUAUGGUAUUUCCAUAUAACUUUCAAAUAAAAUCAACAUAAACGUUUUAUAGUAUUCGCUUUAUUUUUCAUCAGACACCGAUGAUGUUAAUCAAGUUUUAAUUUUGUACAUAAUUAAAAAUAUUCUUUCAUAGGUUACUUUCAUGAAUACUAAAGUAACUAUCAGCUUAUAUGUGGCGUAAUAACUCAUUAUAAUCAGAUGUAUGGGUCACUUUUGUGUUUAAAAAUUCGAAUGUACAUGAAAUGCACGAUUUACAUUUCAUCCUAACUACUACACAUUUUAGUUUUUUUCUGUAACUUCGUUAUUAUUUUAUCUUCAAAUGUAUUUUUAUAACUCAAUUUAAUACAUGACUAAAGAAAUGAGUAUGCAUAGAUUAUGGAGCAUCUUUCUCUAUAAGAUUUUGUAAUCCACGAUAGAUUAUACUUAGAUUAACUGCUCCAAUAUAAGCUUGACUGAUAAUAUCAGUCAAAAGCAAACCUAUAUCUAUAGGAGCAUUUUUUAUAGUUGUGUAUAAAUGAAAUGCUUUCGAAAGGUCUUCUUAUAAUCAAGCGUUCUUUAAUCUCACAUCCAAUCACAUACCAAAUGCAAAUGGCUAGUUAGUCUUUUAUACUUACGUUUUGAGAUAAAUCUAGCUUCUCGUGUUUUUUUUUCUGUGUUAUAUUUAGAAUUUUUAAUUGAACCUCUUUUUAAUUUUUACCCUUACUUCAUAUACCAACAUAACAUAGAACAGUCGUUUAAAUUCCAGUUGUGAGCCACAGUAUACAAAUUUAAAUCUAAAAAUCCGGAUUCGAUAUGUUGUCAGACUACCCGGGGGCCAGGCUCGGGCACCUUACGGGGGCUCAGAUUUGAUAGUUUCUUUAUAUUUGUCCAUUAGAAUUAUAUUAUGUCUAAUAUGUCAAACUCCAACAGAAUACAAAUUAAUGGACUAUAUAGUGAUUAAAAUCUGUUUUAGAUUGUGGUCAUUUAUUCUUUCCGGAAAACAGAAAUUACGGGAAAGUGAACUACAAAUAUAGUACAACGCCUUGGAAUGCUGGAGUUUAUAGAAAAGACGAAUCCAACAAAUAUGAUAUGAUAUGCUGUGGAUCAUUGAUUUCGCCAAAAUUGGUUGUUACAUGUGAGUAAAAUAGUUAUUACUGUGCGCAGUUUACGCUGUAUAUUUUUGAAUAUUUAAAUGCGGAAGUAUAAUAUAUUUAUAUUUUCGUAAUAGCUGCUCAAUUUUUUUGGGAGAAAGGUUUACCAAACAAAAUAAUAAGAGACGGAACCCAAUAUUAUAAGAUUGCUGUUGGGAAAUAUAAAAGAGAUUAUUCAGUAAUGGAUAACGAAUUUACUCAGAUCAUUGAUGUAAGCAAUAAUCUGAUAGGUAUUAUUAAAAAAAAAAAUUACAACAAACCCAUAUCACCAUUAAAAUAUAAUACAUUUAAUAUACAAAUAGGUUAAAUUGAUUUAUCUGCAAGACAAUUUUGAAGCAAAAUUCCGAUAUUAUGCUGAUGAUAUAGCUGUUAUUGUAUUAGAAAAUGACGUUAUUGUGUCUGAUGCUGUCAUGCCUGUUUGUAUUGAUUGGACUGAGAAAUAUACUAUUCCAAGUGGAACCAUAGGAAAGGUACAAGUAGUAUUUUUAAUUUGACUUAAAAUCUAAAUGUCAUCAAUUUUGAAAUAAAUUAUCAGUGGCACGCUUAGUUUUUCUUCCUGGUUUGUAGAUUUUAGGGUAUUUUUAGUAAGUGUGGGUCAAAAAUUAAAUCAGUCAUUCAAAGUAAAAAUACUUCACAUUGCCUCUGUGAAUUACUUACCAAUACCAUUUCCCUUUUAUAUUUAAAUUGAUUUACGUAUACAUUACUACAUUACUAGUCACUUUUAUUGAUUUAAUAAUUUCAUACAAUUUUUCAUUUUAGUUAUCUAUCUAUACUUACUACUCAUAGUUAACUAUGCUAAGUAUUUUUACUAAAAUAUUUACAUGCUUUUAACCUUAUCAUAAUUUAAAGUUAAAAUAACAGCAUUAUUUUGUUUUAUUUCAUUAGAAAUUUUAAUAAUAAAUUUUGACGAAAAUCGUUUAAGUAAAGAAUUAUGUGAAACAAAUAUAAUUUUUAAAUUUUUUUUUUUAUUUUGAACACAUGUACAUAUAUUGCAGAUUUAAAAACGAUGACGAAAUCAGAAUUGAGCGGACUAACUUAGUUUCGAAAUUAUAGCUUUUUGAAAUUCUGAUUUCAUGUUAUGUUAAAUAAUUCUAUAUUGUUUAAUCUUUCAUAUGUUUGUCAUAGCCGAAUGAUUAUACACGUAUUUUUUCAUCCUAGGGGUCACGAGUUCAAAACCGAGUUUUGAAACAAAUUUACUGAAAUAAGGAAAAAACAAAUGCAUUUUAGGUGUACCCAGAAUCUCACGUCAUCGCUCGCUCGAACUAUUUUAAUCGAAAAAUAUCCCUUGAUUUGUUGUGCAAACUUUUCUACCAGCUAUUUUGUUCUGAUUUUAAAUGAUGGCACUUUUUCUAACUGAGAAGGUCAUUUUUCAAUUUUCUCAGGAGUUUUCUCAAAAAAUGUGAAAAAUUGGAAAAAACACGGAGAAACCGGUAUAAAAACAGAAAAAACGGGAAAAUUGUUACAAUAUUAAACAAAUAUUAUUAAAGAAAAUAUAUAAUGUCUAUUUAAUUAUUUUAUCAUAAUAUGAAGUAUAUAUUGUUGACAAAGUAUCACUAUCAACUAAAUUUUGCUCAGAAUCGUUUUUUCGUAAGCAAUGGUUUAUCGUUGCUUAAGGAUAUACAUUAAAUUACCUAUAACAGUGGCUGAAAAAAUUAAUCAUUUCAUACAGAUAUACAUUAAAUUCUCGUCUGUAUCCUACUUUUCCAACUUCACGCCUAUAUCAGUUGCUGCACCCGUCCUCAUUAUCUUAACUUCCUUUUUAUUUAUAAUAGCUACAAAAGGUUGAUCGUAUAUAAUUUUUUCUCAUACCUAAUUUCGUAGGCAAUUAAAUUUUGUAUAAAAUGUAUUAAAAAUGUUCCAUCCGAUUUUCAAUCGUUUAUCAAAUAUAUUUGAAUAACCAUAAAAAACCAGUUUUUCCGAAUAAACGAAAUAUAUAAUGUUUUAUUUUUUUCUUGGAUAAUAAUGAUUUUAUCGAAAAAUUUGUAAAAGAUUGUUUAUAGACAAUUUAAAGAUCUAUCAUAAGUACGAUGAACAGUUUUACGAUAAAUGCAAUAGUUUUUAACUUAAACUCAAAAAAACAUAAAACUACGCAAUUUAGUAAUUUUUUAACUCCCUUGCGGCACGUGAAGGGGGAGAGUUAUCAAAACCAAAUUCUAAUUAAAUUUUUUUUCAUACUAACGAAAAAAAAUGGUGGGGUAACCCAUUGAAAUUUUAAAAGUUCAUAAAUAAGAACCACCCUAGUGCGCAUGGAUAUAAAUAAAAUCACUGUGUAUAGUACAAUUAUAUACCUCUCCGACUUUUGGUUAUUUAUUUACUUUUGUGUAUUUUAUCAUUCUCAAAAAAUAAUAGACAAUUUUACAAAUUAUUAUUGCCGUCUUUCACCAUUUUUUUGGCCACGGCAUUUCUAAGAAUAAUUAGUAAACAGACCAUUAGUUUCAAUUAUAAAUGCAUUAUUCUAUAAGCGGUUUAGUACAACAAUUAUCUUAAUAAGUCGACUUUUUUUCGUAUAUUGAAUGUGAAUGAAUUUCGGUAAUUGACCCUUAAUAACAGCAAAUAAAAGCAGAAUUAUUUAUUAUAUAUUAAAUAUAUAGAUGUAUAAUUAUAAUAUGUAUCUUGUAUAUAGAUUUAAAAUUUAUUUUAUUUCCUUUGUACAUACCUAUAUACCUAUCCACCUUCUGACCUACUCGUAUAAUAUAUUUUUUUAUUCAUAAUUAACUCAAUCGUGUUAUAGAUUGUUGGUUGGGGACUGACAGAAAAACUGAAACCAAGUCCAGUUUUAUUAGAACGAACAUUACCAUAUAUUGAUCGCUUAAAUUGUCACCACUUAAUUACUGGCAAUAAUCAACUUCAAGCAUACGUGCCCAGUGAUAAAUUCUGCGGUCUAAAAGGUAAUACUUAGGAUUUGUACCAACAUACUAGAAUUAAUAGCCACAUAUUAGUUUUCUGAGUCCAAAUGGAUAUACAGGAAGGUACAUUGGAUACCCAAUAGGAUAAUAUUUUGAUUACUGUGGUGAUACCCUCAGGACAUGGGAGGUAAGGUAGAUGAGGAAAGUCUAAAAGUUAAAGGGAAUAUUUGGUCUACUCAUGGAGUUUUUUAAGGGAUACAGAUUCUAAUAUAUAACAAUAUUACAGGGAUAUUUUUCUUAAGGGCAUAUUUUGAAAAUUUAUAUAAAAUUACAUUCCCAGUCCUAUUCAUAAAUAUAGGUGUGCCAGUUUUGGUAAUGGCCGGCAUAGUAGUCACAAACGGUUAAGAGGCUUUACCUGCCAAAUAUAUCGCAUUCUCAAUGCACCACCUAGAUCCAAAAUUUAACAAAACCUGUCUCGUAGUCUCGUUGAUUUGAGCAAGAUUUCUAGUAAAAAAAUUGUUCAUAGAUAGACAAAAACGGACACAUCAUAAUAGAACCUAUAUAUUCUCCACUCCACUUAAAAGCUAAAAAAACCAAGUGUGAUAACUAUGUAUUUUCAAAACUGAAUUUAAACCUUAAAUUAGGUAAGCAUGUUUUUAUGCAUUGGCUUUUGUUUUGUUGUUUUCUAUUAAGUACUUAUAGGAAACAUGUAUCAAUUUCUCUUUUUUUCAGCAAUAAUUUUUGAUAGCCGGAGGGGGGGGGAACACAUUUUAUUUUGUUUUCCCAUAGGUGAAAAAAUGCAGCAAUGGGAAUAUUCUAUAACAAUUACAUAAAUUAUUGGUAAAAAAAAAAUCCAUUUGCAUGGUUUAGAAAUCAUUUAUUAUUUAUAUACGUAGUAAUUUUCGUUGCAAAUAAUAAAUUGUAAAGAUAAUUAAAAUUCUAGGGCCAGGAUUCCGCGGAGGAGAAGCCGGCUUUGGUGGUGCUGGAUUGACGUUUGCACAGGCCGAUAUUUAUUAUUUAGCCGGAAUAAUGAGCAUCAAGAUUAAUGAAACUGUUGAAAUAUUAACGGAUGUUAGUAAACAUAUUCCAUGGCUUCGCAAUAUCUAUUCCCAAUAUUAUCAAACCGGUAAAUGACAAUAACUUAUAAGUUAAUGUGGUUGUGUGAACAAUAUAAUAAUAUAAGUUUUGUUCAAAUUUUUUCAUAAAUUAAACUGACCUGUGUGAUAUUAGAAGAGUAAGCAAUUUCUGUAUAAUAUUCUAGACUUGUUUGGGGUUAUAAACUUGUAGAUUUAAAAAUAUAAUUUCAAUUUUCUAAACAUUUGAAAUUAAUAAUAUUAUCACUGGUAUAUUUACAGAGAGGGGUUAGAGUAUGUCCAAUCCACCACUCCCUCCCACUAAAAAUACACAACUUCUAUAAUAAUGAUAUGUUUGGUAUGAUUGAUUUAGGUAGUCCUGGCCGUAUAAAUUGUGUUAAUGUACGCUCCUUAAAAAAAAUCGAGUCGUGAACACGCCUGAAUAUCAUAUUCAAGGGUUAAUUUUCUUUCUAAAUGUAUUUUGUAUUACUGGAAAACAGUAUACGAGAUAUAGGGUGUUUUUUUUUACUUUGUAUACAAGGUUAUUUCAAACACUAAUGAUUAUUUAUUCUAUAAUUUAGUAUUAUAAACUGUUAAUAUAUAUGUUUUAUAUUUUUUUUUCUAGGUUGUGGCCGAUUAUUUACUCCAAAAAAUAAAAACAGAGACUAUCAUGGUGUGGAAGUAAAAUUUAGCACGGCACCCUGGAAUGUUGGUGUUUAUAUAAGAGAUGCGUCUAACAAAUAUGUUAUGAUAUGCGGAGGAACAUUGGUUGCUCCGAAUUUGGUUAUUUCUGGUAAAAUACCUAAUUAUUGCAUAGAUACUAAAGGAAAUGUAUUAUGAAAUGCAAAUAUGUUUAUGUAUUUAUAGCUGCUCAAUUUUUUUGGGAAAAGGAAUCGUCAAACAAAAUAAUAAGAGACACUCAAAAUUAUAAAAUUGCUGUUGGGAAGUAUAAAAGAAAUUAUUCAAUAAUGGACAACGAAUUUACUCAGAUCAUUAAUGUAAAUACUUACAUAAUAAAUUGUAAAAUAUCAUCUCGAUAAAUCCACAUCAUAAUUAAUAAAUAUUUAUUCCGACUAUGUAAUAUUAUGUUUACAGGUGGAAUUAAUCUAUCUCGAAGAGAAUUAUGACGGGCAAUUUCGGUAUUACGCAAACGAUAUAGCUAUUAUCAAGUUAAAAAACAACGUUAUUUUAUCUGAUGCUGUUAUGCCUGUUUGUAUUGAUUGGACCGGGAAACGUACAAUUCCGAAUGGAACUAAAGGAAAGGUAUUUAUUUAAACAAAUUCGAUUACAUCAUUUAUCAUUUUAAUAUGAAUUAAUCAUCAUUCUCAUUUUUUUAUGUAUAAGCUAUGAAAUUAAUUUUUUGAAACAUAUGUGAUUUGAUAUACGAUUCUGAGUACAGCGAAGAAUUUGUUGAUUCUACUAGAAUGUGUUACUUUAGAUUUUAUUAUGAUCUAAUGUAUUAUUUUUGUUUCCGGUUCGUUAACAACUUUUAUACCGGAAGUUUUACUUCAAUCAAAAAUAACAAGAGACCUUUUUGAUAUAUUUUAGAUCAAGUUGGUGCAUUAAAACAGUCAUUUAUAUUCGUUGUAGUUUUCCUAAUAAUUGGGAAAAACCGGAAAACUUAUGCACAGUGCUAGUAUUUUGAUUUUCUUUUUUUGUAAUUCGGUUGAAUAAUCGUAGAGAUUUGACAUUUGCACAGAAUACUUAUACAAGUAUUUUAGCCUUUUAUCAAUGUCGUAAAAUAUCCAAAAAAAAAACCUUUGUCAACUACGUAUAAAAACUUUUCUAAGAAAAAAAAACUCAAGUUAGAAAAGUUGUAAUAUCAAAAAGGUGCUAAGUAAUUACUUAAAUUCAUUAGUAUAGAAAUUGUUUAUAAUUGUUUAUACAAAAAUUUUUUUUUUUUUUUUCAUAAAUCGUUUUUCGUUAGUUAAAAACAUCCAUCAGCAGUUUCAGCUCGUUUUUUUUUUCAAUUAUAAAUUAUAUAUUGUACAUACUACUGAAAUGCUAAUUAUUUUAACUUUUAUACUCCAAAAAAAAAAAGUUAAAAAAUAAUUUAUGUUUUAUUUUACAGUGGCCAAUAGUAUUUUAAAAUCUAAAUAAAAAAUUCACCAUUCAACCACUUAAAUUUUUGUGUAGGUAUCAAUAUACAAUAUUUGUAAUAUUGAACAUUAUUUAUCAUAAAGUAUUGAUUUUAACGGUUUAAUUUUUUUUUCUAAAAAUUGUUUAUUGUUAUUAGUCAUUUAAUGAAAAAUUGAUUUUGUUGUUAUUAAGAAUUAUGAGUAUUAAUUCGGUUUACAUAUGAAAUAGAUUUAAAAUUCAAAGAAUCGGGGUUUGUGACCCUAAAUAACUAGAAAGACAAGCAGAAUAAAGAACAGAUAUUGAAAAUACCUACUAGAGUAUACGUAUAUAUUAUAUUUUUUGAAUAUAAUAAACUUGACUUUUUAUAGAUUGUUGGUUGGGGAAUGGACAAUUUGGUACCAAGUCCGGUUUUAUUAGAGUUAUCAUUACCAUAUACCGACCGCACUUCAUGUCACAAUUUAAAUAAAGCUAAUACUAAACUUCAGAAAUACGUGCCCAGUGAUAAAUUCUGCGGCAUCAUAGGUAAUAAUUGAAUAAGUUACUAACCUAUAAUUAAUAACCUUUUCUUUUUUAUCGUAAUAAAUUAUUUUGUAAAAUAUAAUUUGUUAAAAAAUGCGUUUCUCAUUCAUAUUAUUCUCGUGUUGAACUUAAUGAAUAAUUUAAAAAACUUAAUAAAAUCCAUUUUUGUGAUCUAAAAACUUCGUUGAUGUAAAACGAUGAUAAUAAAAAGUAAGUUCCAAAUUUCGAAGAGAAACUGGUUUUGGUGGUGUAGUUAUAACUUCUAAAUAUCAGGAUGGUUUUUAAUAAAUAUUUUUUUUACUUUGUUGUUAGAUCUAAUUUUUUUAUGUAAUUAUUCAUGUGCCUGUUCGUUUUUGUUCGGAAAUAUAAAUGCCUAUGUUGAUAACACUAUUCCUAAAAUAUGUAUGUAGUAAUUUGUAUCAUAAUAAAACGUAAUCAUAUGAUUAAAAUUCUAGGACCGGAAUUCCGUGGAGGGGAAGCCGGCUUUGGUGGCGCAGGAUUAACAUUUGAAAAUGAGAAUGGUUUAUAUUUUUUAGUCGGAGUAGUGAGUAUUACGUAUAAUCAUUCGAUUGAAAUAUUAACAGAUGUUAAUAAACAUAUUCCAUGGAUUCAUAACAUUUAUUCCGAAUAUGGUGCAAACGGUAAAUGAUUAUGUUAUUUGAUUUUUUCAUAUUUGCUUGUUUUUGUAACAUUUGUUUAUGUUUCUAGGAAUAUUAAACAAUAAAAUAUCAACUGGACAACUUGAAAGUCUAGGUAAGUAAAUAAAGUAGUUGUAAUUUUCCUAAUAACAAUUGUAGUCAUUAUAUUUAACUGUGUAAAAAGGUUUUCUAAUGUUUUCAGUAAGUUCAUUAUUAAUUUGUUUUACACUUGAUUGUUGCCAUCUUGCAAUGCAAAUCAAAUAGUUUGAUACAAACUUAUUGGUAUUAUUACUAUGUUUUACAUUUUGGUAGGCACACAAACACAAUAUUAUAAUAAUAAUACCGUUAGGUUUAAAAAUUUUUAUUUUCCAAUAUGUAAUAUGCUUGUACUUGUAUAAUAUAAUGUAAAAUCGAUAUCACAUGACUAUACUGCACCAAAGUAAUUAUAUAAUAUAGGUUUUUUAUAUUUUUAGGAAGUACAUCAUCUAAUUCCUUUAAAACCACAACUUCUGCACCAGUUCCGAUCGAAUCGCUUACCCAGUAAGACUUAACAAUGAUUUAAUAUAUUAAAUAAGCCACGCUGACCUAUUAUAAAUAAAUUAGUUUUCCAUAUUGAGUGACUAUUUAUAAAGUUAUACAAUAAAUUGGUUGUGUGAUAAAAAUUUAAUUAUUCAACUUCUUCUAUAUUUAUAGAAGAAUUUAUAAUAAUUUUAAAUUGCUGAUGGUAAACUAAGUUUUUCAACGAUUAUGAGUUUUUUUAUAUCUAACAAUAUAGAAUACUACUUUAUUAGAAGCUAUAAAAGAGCUUUGGUUGGAAUACUUGUCUGUUUGAUAAAACUAAUUGAUUGUUUUUUUAAUUGUUCAAGUUGCCAAAAUAAUCACGUUUUUAUUAAUCAAUGUGCUAUGGUUAGUUACGAAAUGGCGUAUUAAUUUAUUUGGAAUCAUACUAUCGGCAGCUAUAGUGGCGUAGCCAAGAUUUCUUUUAGGGAGGUUGCUUUUAUUUUGUGUUUAGAUGUAACUUUGUAACAUUGUUGUGGACAUGCAAUACAUAUUACAUAAACUGAAUCUGUCAUAUACUGAAUUAUCUAUGAGUAACACAACACAUCUUAUAGAAAUCUGAUGCAUAACUGCAUAUUGUAUACAUUAUAAUUUUGGACAUAAAUAUAGUCAAAGGGGGAUGUUUGAAUACCAAAACAUUCCCCUCGCUACGCCACUAGGCAGCUAAUACUUUUAAAUAAAUAUUAGCAUUCUUUAUAGUCUAUUUUUAUUUUUUAUGUAAGUAAAACCAAAAUCUAAACUAUUACCGUGGUUUCUUAACUUAUAUUUAUUUUCUUCUUUAUGAUGUCUUCAUUUGGACGUUUGGAUCUAAUAUUGAGAAAAUGUUCCAUUUUAGAUAAGAGUUAAUAUAAAAUACAAGUGAAUAAUUCAUACUUCAAUAAUAAACACACCUUAUGUACAACUAAUUCACGACUACUACUAAACUACAAUUGCCAUUGUAGGAUAAAAUAUAUAUUAAGUAUUGAAUAAUAAUUGUAAUAUAUUGGUCAAUAUAGUACGAGAAUAUUCGGGCGAUGUGAUAACGAUGGGUUUUCAUCAGAUAAACGUUUCAAUGAAAUUAUUGUUGAUCUAAAAAUAUCAAUGUUUACCUCACGCCUUCCUUGCUAAGUGUUUGUGCCUCCCAAGAGAUAUGUGCCUCACAAUUUGGAAAUCACCGGUAUAGGUAUUGUAAUUUUUAUUGACAAAAAUACAAUGCACAUUUUAUAGUUUUGAGUUCUUAUGAGUUCUAUCUAUACUAUGAUCUGUUAUCUUCUUAUCUAUCAAUUUGCCACAGCCCGCAGCAGAGAGUAUCGCAUAAAAAAAUGAUUUUAUUUUAUGGCGAUAUUGCGGGGUGGGAGGAACCAGUAGUUUCUGUGGUCGAAGAACUGUAAUACGGGGACUAAGUUUUUAAUUUUUCUUAUUUUUAGUUUGCUUAUUAGUUAGUAACCUUGUUUCAAGAACAUAAAAAUUAUGUGAUUUUUUUAUUAACCUAAGUGGGUACUAUAAUAAAUGCUUUAACCUACCUGUAAAAAUUGACUUUGGUGCCACCUAGUUUACCCCUACAAAAUCAGCUUUUUUAUGUUUAUUAUUUUAUUCUAUAGAAAACAGGUUUUUCUUACUGUUAUUGUUAUAUUAGUAUUUAUUUUAUUGUUAUAGAAACAUUUAAUUAAUAUUACUGGAUUUUAUCAGGGUUACAUGUACGAUACCAUUUGUGAAUGGCAGUAUAUAUUCCCUUAUUAGCGAUAAUUCAAAUCAAAAUAAAGUUUUACUUCCCGGAACGUUAGUUUCCCUUGACAGUAAAGUUGAAGAAACCUGUGAAAAAGGAUAUCAUAAAGUUCAAACAAAGAGAAAUUUGAUAAAAUGUGAAGAAAGUGGAGAAUGGUUUCCAUCAAUAACCGAAAGUGAACCAUUGUGCAUAAGUAAGUAUUGUGCUGUAUAUAAACAGUUGUACACUAUAUCAUAUCAAUCAUUUUAGUCAUACAUAAUAUGACAGUUUUAUUAUAAACAGUUGCUAUUGUUAGAUAAAAGUCGUUUGUUUGUUCAUAUAUAGAAAAAUGCCGCCCUAUGGAAUCGGAUAGCUUGGAUCUUAAAUGUACGUAUAAUGGUCUUGAUGUCGAUUGUGCAGAUCCUGCAAUAUAUAGAACGAUACUACAACCAAAAUGUAAAGUUACACAUGGUAUAAAAAACGGACAACUUGAAGUACCCGUUAAAUUAGUUUGCCGUGAGAAUGGGGAGUGGUCAGGUCACCUGUAUGAAUGUAUACCAAGUAAUUCUAUUUCAAAUUUGUUUUAAUAUUUAUAAUGAAAACAUAUAAAUUUUAAAUAUUUAUACGAGUUAAAAGAGCUGAACAAAAAACUUUCAUUCUUAUAGGUUCCGGGUAAAAAUUAACUACCUAUAAUAUGAACUGUGACCUCAUAUUGUAUUAAACUAUUUUCCAAAUUUUGAUUUUCCUAUUUGUGCUAACCAUCCCUAUUUGGUAAUAAUAUGAAGUAUUUCCAUUCUCAUAGGUAAAUGUAUUUGUAUCUUGUCCUUCUGCCAUCCUAAUAAGUGAUUAUUAAGGGGCCUUUACACGUCAUUUGAUUUCUCUAGCAGUCUCACGCGUAAUAUAACAAUAAAUACAUUUCACACUUCAAAGAUUCUCUGGUUGAGUUUAGGGGAAAUAAUUAAAUAUACAUUUUAUAAAGAUAAGUAUUUAUAAUGCCUUAGACUAAUGAUUUUUAAUUUUUUUAUUUGGUAGGUUCCUGUUAUUAAAAUUAUAUGACGGUAUGACUAAAGACUGGAGUAAAGUAGUAGACAAGAGAGAUUUUUAAAACGACUAUAUUUUUAAUAAAUAUGCGAUAAGAAGUGUAUUACUGACCAAUAUUUUAUAUGAUUACAAUAUUAAUAUAAUACAGGAUAAUAUUUUACAACUAUUAGUGAGCUGGUCUAGUUCAAUAUACUUAUUAUAUUUUAUUAACUAUUACGAGUUUUAAUUUUUAAAACAGAUCCCUUCCUUCCUCUAGUAAACAAUAGAGGGAUUUUGUCGAAAAUUGUAAAAAAUAUGGUAUUUUAAAAUAUGUCUUACAGAAUUUCUCUCUGAAUGGUAUUUCAUUAGCAAUGGUUUAUCGUUGGUCACAAAUAUAAAUUAACUUUAUGUAUCCGAACUUCCCACCUAAAACAGUGGUUGCAUCUCCAAUAUCAGCUCUUUUUUAAAAAAUAUAUUAUAAGCAACUUAAUUUCAAAUUUUGAAGAAAACCGUAAAUUAGUAAAAAUCGUAAAAAAACUUAAAAAAACUCGAGAUUCUCCAUACACUGUAAUAUUGGUAUUAAAAAUAAAUGUUGAACGUAAUAUUGUAGUUUUUUUAUAAUUAGAUGUAUACCAAUCACCUCUUUUUUUUAUAUACUUAGCAAAGCCCUGUCGGAUUUGUAUAUUAUAAUUAGAGCUGUAGUGGAAGGUAUACGGCGGUAUACGUCGUAUACCUUCUGAUUAUUACCUAUAAACAUUGUAUAUCUUCUGGUUAUGGUCGUAUACACUCUGUUAUAGUGAAAUCACGAAACAUAAUAUAUAAUUAUAUAUAUAUAUAUAUAUAUAUAUAUAUAUAGGUAUUAUUAUUUUCAUUUUUGAUUGAUUACGAAAACAUGAAAAAAAAGAAUGUAUACAUAUCCAUGAGACGACAAUGUAUUAUAGAUUAGUAUAUUAAUAUAUUAUAGUAUACUAUCUGCUUAUUUUACGAUAUAGCACCGAUUAGAAUAUAAUAUAUACCUUCGUACUACUAUGUAAAUUAAGUUUUGAAAUAUUAAUUUGUAAUUAUGUAUAGAAUGUGGUAGAACAAAUGCUCAAAUAACAACUCUAAUAGCCGGUGGUCAAAAAGUAAAAUAUGGAACGGCUCCUUGGAAUGCUGCUUUAUAUCAUAAAGAAAAUAACACAUAUUAUGAUUUAAUAUGCGGAGGAACAAUUAUAGAUCCAAAUUUAGUCAUUUCUGGUAAAAUCAAUUAAAUAACCGAUAGUAAUAAUAACAAUAAUACACGCUUAAUAACAAAAUAAAUGUAACUACAGCGGCUCAUUGUUUUUGGAAUUCGGAUAUCGGAAAAUUAGCAGACCGGUCGAACUACAGUAAUUAUCAAAUUGGUGUGAGCAAAUAUGAACGAAAUUAUUUUAAAAGGGACAACGAAUUCACUCAAAUUUUAGAAGUAAAUAUUUAUUACAUAAUUGGUUGAAAAGUAGAAUAUUAAUUAAAGUACGUUACUAUUAAAUUAUGUAUUCAACAAUAAUAAUAAUAACCAAUAGAUUCGUGACAUACAUGUACCAAAAAAUUAUCAGGGGCAAGCUGGAUUUCACGAAAACGAUAUAGCUAUCAUCGUGUUAUCAAAACCUAUUAAGAUAAGCAAUCAAGUUUUGCCUGCUUGUAUGGAUUGGAAUAACAAAUUUUCUAUUAUUAAAGACGGAACCCUCGGAAAGGUAAUUGAUUCGCAUGUAUGUUAAUUACAAUAAAAAUAAAAACAAAGUUUAAAAAACUAAAAUCCCCCUAUGAAAAAUGAAGAUGCUUGAUUACCGCCCGAAUUAAGGUAGACUUAUUUACCCCAAGUGUAAGUAUCCCAAUUGUGUCUAAUAACACAUUGAUUCACUAAAAGGAAAAUUAAUACAAAUAAGUAUAAUAAUAAUAAAAUUACGUAUUAAUACGACAUUUAAUUUUUGUAUUCAUGUUAUUUUGUUAUCUUUAAUGGACUGGAAAGCACCAUUUGCGUUGAAUUUAUUUAGCUCAUGUGAAUACGCUAUAUUAAAUUUAUAUCAAAUAUUAAAAUACAAAGGAUGUACAGUCGGGUUAUUUAUUUAGUUUUAAUAAACACUACAAACAGUAUUUCCUACAUAAAUGUAUGGGUCGCAAUAGGGAAUCAGGAGGUCAAAAACUAUUAAAAUCCACUUCCUAUUGAACACUAUUCCCUAAUAUACGCUUUUAAGGUAUUUUUAGUACUUUUAGUACGUUUAUUUUUCAAGCGGUUUUCAUAAUAUCUGGGAAAAACCGGGAUAAAAUGUCGGUAAAACGGAAAAUGUACGAAGUGUAGAUAUUAGUAAAAAAAAUAUUAUGGCCUUUUUGUUUUCUGUGUACAACUAUUCUACCAGCUAUUUGGUUCCGAUUUUAAAUGAUAGCAUUUUUUCAGAAAGGAAAUCUGACUGGUAAAGUACUUUAAAUAAGUCAUUUUGCAAUUUUCCCAGCAAAUGUGAAAAAAACACUGGAAAACCGGGAUAAAAAUAGAAAAACUUGAAAAUCGUUACAAUAUUAAACUAAUAUUGUUAAAGAGAAUAUAUAAUGCCUAUUUAAUUAUUUUAUCCUGAUAUAACAUAUAUAUUGUUGACAAAGAAUCACUAUCAACUGAACUACAUUCAGAAUCGUUUUAUCGUUAGCAAUGGUCAAGUUUACAGAUAUACAUAAAUUACCUAUAACAAUUCCUAAUAUAUUUAUGUUUAAUAAUAAACCAUUUAAAUAAUUUUUUUAUAAAUAAAUUAUUUUCAUGUAAAACGACCAAUUUGUAUACAUUUUUUGUCUAUGUAUUCCUUCAUUUAAUUUUGAAUUCUGGAUGGAGCGAAGAAACUUAUGGUUUUACAAAGAUGUUUAUUUUUUUUUUUCUUGUGGACAACUUUUCUACCUGCAAUUUUGCUCUAAAUUAUAAUGACAGUAAUUUUUCUAAAAAUAAAUUUCACUAUGGAGGUACUUUAGAAAGGUAGUUUUUGAAUUUUUCCAGAGUUUUCUCAGCAAAUAUGAAAAACUGGGAAAAAAACAUAUGAGAACAUGGAAAAACGUUAGUAAACCGAGGAAAUCGGUACAGUAUUAAACAAAUAUUAUUAAUGAAAAUAUAUAGAGCCAACUUAAUUAUUUUACUAUAAUAUGGCAUAUAGAUAUUAUUGAAAAAGCAUCAUUAACAACUGAACUCCGCUCAGAAUCAUUUUUUCGUAAGUUAAUAGUUUAUCAUUACUUUUGUGAUGUUUAAGUAUAUAUAUAUGUAAUAUUGUCUUUAACUAUACUUAAAAAUUCCCAAAAUUAGAAUUUGUGUGUACACAUAAUUUAGCCCUAAAAAUGGAAUGAGCGUGGUAAAUGAAUCGCCCUUUAUAUUAUACAGAAGGUACAUAACCAUACAAUUGUCUUACAUAAAUUAAUUUAUUAAAAGUAUACCGGACGGUUUUAGAUUCUAAGCAAUUAUAAUUGGUGCAUUGAAUAGGUCAUUUUUUGAUUUUCCAGGGGAUUUUCAUAUUAGGGAAAACCUGAAAAGUACGUAAACAUAUAAAUAUCCGGAGUUGGGUAAUGAUUAUACUUAGAUCUAUUUUUAGUUGUAUCGCUUUUGAUUAUACUUGAUCAUAAUGUGAUUUAAAUAUAAUAUCGAUCAUAAGAUCAUCAUGAAACUAAUCAUAGAAAUAUUAUGCGGAUUGAAAAAAAGUUAAAUGUACAAAAUUAUUUUUUUUUUUUUAGGUUGUUGGUUGGGGACUAACAGAAAAAAAGACACCAAGUCCUAUACUAUUAGAAGUUUCAUUACCAUACAUUCAUCAUGAUAAAUGUAUGGAUAUUAGUGCAAACGAUUUUAAAAAUUACGUGACCAAGGAUAAAUUCUGUGCCGGAUAUCAAUCAGGUAACAAAUAUUAUUACAAAUUACUGUAUGUUAUUGUAUAGAAUGUUAUGGCCUAAUUAUUUAAGUUAAUAAAGCAUUCAAUUUUAUAAUAAUCUGAAACCAAAAGUCUAUUUUUACAAGUGACGUAAAUUAACCUGUGAAAAUCUAUCUUUUUGCAUCUCCACAAAAUUUUAAACAUUUGUAUAAAUACUGAACUAAAAUUUUUAUUUUCAAAAGUAUUAAUUUGUAUAAGAGUUCAAAAAAAAAUUUCAAUUUUUGUAAUGAUUCAAUUUCAUGAUGGGACUUAUCCAUAACAUAGUAUGUAAUAGUGUGAUGGUUUAUUUAAAGGAGUAAAAUGUAGACGUGAAUUAAAUCCACUGACAGUAUUUGUCCAUCGCUAUACUCAUCUCACAUAUUGAGUAUAAUAUUUCUAAUAAUCAAAAAAAUGUUACUUUUAAGUGUUCAAAUUUAUUAUUGAAUUAUCGAGAAAUUUGGAGUUGGUUAGUUAGAAAAUUAAAUAUUUCAAUGCGUUAGCAGAAAUCCGUGUUUUGUGUACUUUUUUGCUCUUUUGCAUCGAGUGUAAUUUAUUAUCUUUUAAUAAAAUAUUGUAAAACUCAUAACAAGAAUCGUUUUUAAAAUGUGGUUUUAUUAUUUAUUAUACUAGGUGAUCGAUCUAAGUGGGUAUACUCAUUGACAAAAUGUGUCCUAUACAACUUUCGUCGGGACAACGAGAAAAAAAAGUUGAAAUAUGGGAUAAUCCCGUGUAAUAUGGGACAUAUGAUCGCCCUAAUCUAUAUGAAUAUUUUCAUUAUAUGAUAUUAGAAUUUCAAAAACCCUAAAUCUCGAUUUGAUUUUAAAAUGUCAUUUGGAUAAACCAUUAACCACUACUGUAUAUCGGCCGUUAACAUAGGUAGGCAUUUUCUAUUAAUGCGAACAUCGAAUUUUAAUAAAAACAAUUUUAGUUUCAGGAACGGCCGUUGAUCAAGGAGAUAGUGGUGCUGGCUUAACCUUCGUACACUCAGAUUCUCAUUUUUUAACUGGAAUAGUGAGUUUGAAGGAGACCGUAGACAAUACAUUCGCAACUUUUACGAGCGUGUCUUACCAUAGGAAUUGGAUUGAAACCAUUUAUUUAGAAGUACAAUAG